AUGCAAGCGAGUCUCUCUUCGAGUUUCAGUUGUUACUCCAACACUACUCUUACAGAAAUUGCUGCUAGAGUUGUCGAAGAAUUUAUGGCUGAAACUGAAACAGAGCCCGAAUUUUUCUUCAAUUAUGAUGAUGAUGAUGAUGACUUUGAGUUUGCUUUUGUUACCACAGGAUCUGAUAAUUUUUCACCUAUUUCUGCUGAUGAAAUCUUCGACAACGGUCAGAUCCGUCCAAUUUUCAACAAAAACUUAUUGUUAGACGACGUCGAAUUCAAAUACAAAACCUCUUGUAAUUCGGAGAAGGUUUCGACUCCACAGAAGUUAAUUCGAGUUCCGUUAAGGAAACUUUUCAUCGAGGAUCGUGAAUUUACGACGUCGUCCUGUUCAUCGUCGGAAGCCGACGAUUUAGAAGGAAUUCCUCCGGGAACAUACUGUGUGUGGAGGCCGAAAGCGGUGGAAGAGUCUCCAACUGAUGAGAGGUGUAAGAAGAGUAACUCUACUGGCUCCUCAUCGAAGCGGUGGAAGUUACGUGACUUUCUUUACCGGAGUAACAGCGACGGUAAAAAGACUUUCGUUUAUUUGACAAAGAAAGAAGAGAAAGCAGAGAAGACCAGGACUGACGACUCUGUUAAGAUCAACGGAAAAGUUAACGGAGUUCCCGUCGGUAAAGGUAACGGAGGUGAUAAACGGAAGUCAUACUUGCCGUACAGGCGAGAUUUGAUAGGCUUUUUUGGUAAUGUUAAUGGGUUAAAUCGGAAUUUACAGUAUUUCUGA